UUGACCAACAACUCAGGUUAUUGGAGUUGAAUUCCUGGCAAUUGGUUAGGCUACUUCAAGCGCAAUUACCUAGUUUAGUAUGUGAAAACAUCUUAUGCGAUAGCUUUUGGGAUGAUAAAUCCGAAAGGACAAGAGGUUACAGUAGUCUGGAAGAGAACUUUUGUUGUUUGUUUAUGAGGGCUGCAGAGCUUCACGGAUCUUGGAAAUCUAGGGAAGAGAAAAGAUCUGCUUGUGAGGACAAUUGUCAUAGCACUUUUGUGGCGUAUCAUGAUUUCUUAAGAACUGCGAGCGAGUGGCUAUCUCAUAGAGCAACGGACAAACCUAUUGGCCGACUUAUAUUUGGAGUAGCAGCUAUGAUCGUUUCAUGUUUGAUACUGCUGAGCCUUCUGUUUCUUCUAGGAAAGCAAGUUUUCUCUGAGCAGAAUAAGCAGUUUUCAAGUGUCAAUAAUGACCUGAGCAGGUGGCAUUUGGAUGAUAUUUUUAUUCUUGUGGUAAUCGUUGUUGUCGUCAUAAGCAUGGGAUCCAGUUCUCUGGUGGAGGAAGAGCAGUACAUAUGGCAUUUCAUUACAUCCUCGCUUUAUUUGCUAUCUUUCCGAAAACUAAUGCAGCAUAUUGUAACGAGGACAGAGAAAAAUACAAGUGCUACUGUGGGUUCAAAGACGAAUAACUAUAUCCAGAUUUGCUCAAUUCUUGUGAUUCUCAUUUCUGGGAGAAUUUUGAGAGGAUGGCAUCAAGGUGGUGUUAAUUGGACUAAUCUUCCCGACAUUUCAAAAUGGUUAGAGCAAAUGGGAAGCACUUACAUAAAGUUGUUCCAGUUGGUUUCAGUGAUCAUCCUAAUCAACAUUAGCUUAGUUUCUCUUAUGUGGUCCCGACGGUCAAAAAAGAACUUUAUGACCGUGAUUUCCUUGAUGCACUUGUUCCCAGGGUGGUUGGUUUUACAUUAUAUCACUAAAUAUCAAGAUGUUGCGUUCAGUACAGGUAGUUAUGAUGCUACUUUAAUGGCGCAAAUAAUUUAUGCAGUUCUAGGUUUCUGUUCAACGGUUAUUCUUGUUGCUGUGCCACGGUAUAUACCUUUCCCAAAUCGUACGCAUUCUGUGGAUGAUGUCCAAAGAAAGGCUUGGGGUUUAUGUUUUAAGGAUUCUGCAUAUGUGAUUGGCUUGAGUUACGUAUAUUAUUGGUCGCUUUUACAGCUAUUGUUGCAGCAGCCCGUGAACUCAAUGCCUGUACUAUUUCUCUUCCUGCAAGUACUAGCUAGCGUUUGGUAUUUUUCUGGUUCCAACCAGCAUCUCAGGCAGUUUGUUGAG